ACCCUUAAUGUGUGCACAGGCAUUACUUCAGACAGCUUUAUGUUGGUCAUCCAAAGGACCCAAACAAUAUGUACCGGAAAUUUCAAGAGCAUGAAGUAAACAUUGGUGUUAACGCUCGAAUUAUCAGACUUUUGCCUGUUUCAGACUUCUCAGAGUGAGUAAAAUGAACAACAUGUCCCCUGAGGUUGCACUGCACCGGAUCUCACCCGAGUUGCGGCCCUUGCUGUGCAACGUGGUGAGGAACGGGCGCGUGGGGCUCGACUCCACAAACUGUCUUCGUGUCACAGACCUCAAAACUGGAUGUACGUCUUUGACUCUCGGUCCUUGCUGCGAUCGUUUCAAGCUUCACAUCCCCUAUGCUGGAGAAACCCUUAAAUGGGACAUCAUAUUCAAUGCUCGAUAUCCAGAGUUACCUCCAGAUUUUAUUUUUGGAGACGAUGCUGAAUUUCUACCUGAACCCUCAGAACUACCACACCUGGUCCAGUGGGACGCAGGAAAAUCAGAAUGUUUGCUCCAGCUGGUGAAGGAGCUCCUUCAGCAGUACCAUCAGUACCAGUGCCAGCGUCUACGUGAGAGCUCCAGACUGCUCUUUGAGUAUGAUAGCCUUCUGGAGGAUUCCAGCUACCACCACAACAUGGAGGUUUAUGCUGGACGCAAGAACAGUUGGACGGGCGAGUUCUCAGCACGUUUUCUUCUUAAACUUCCUGUGGACUUCAGCAACAUUCCUGUGUAUCUACUUAAGGACACAGCUCUGGAUCCUGGGGAGGAUGUGGCUCUUCUUUCAGUGAGCUUCGAGGAUGCUGAAGCCACCCAGGUCUUCCCUAAACUCUACCUUUCCCCCAGCAUCGAACAUGCUCUGGGAGGCUCCUCUGCUCUUCAUAUCCCAGCAUUCCCCAGUGGAGGAUGCCUGAUUGACUAUGUUCCUCAGGUGUGCCAGUUACUCACCAACAAGGUGCAGUAUGUAAUCCAAGGGUACCACAAGAGAAGAGAGUACAUCGCUGCUUUCCUCAGUCACUUUGGAAUGGGGGUGGUGGAGUACGAUGCUGAGGGAUUCACAAAACUAACCCUUAUGAUCAUGUGGAAAGAUUUCUGCUUCCUAGUGCACGUGGAUCUCCCCCUGUACUUUCCCAGAGACCAGCCCACCCUCACUUUCCAGUCUGUGUACCACUUCACCAACAGCGGUCAGCUCUAUUCUCAGGUGCAGAAGUCCUAUCCCUACAGCCCGCGCUGGGACGGCAACGAGAUGGCUAAGAGGGCAAAGGCAUACUUCAAGACCUUCAUCCCUCAGUUCCAAGAGGGAGCCUUCGCCAACGGAAAACUCUAGUACCCUCCAGUCUGAUGACAGGCCAGGAGGAAUGCUGCAGAAGUGUCUAUGUUCGGGUGUUAGUGUUUUAUAUUGUUAGCUAAAUAUACAAGUAUGCACAGAUUUCAUGUUGUACAGCAAGAAUGACUCUGUGAACACACCUUGUAUGCUUGCCUCUUAGUCAGUAAAUCAGUACCAUCAAUGUAGGGAUGAUUGAUCAUCACAGGAGAAGGGAGCUUGAACUUGACCAACCUACAUUGUACAAUGUGUUAUAGAGGUAAAGCCCUGCCGUGCUGUUAAAAGAUAUUUGUUGAUAUGUAAACUAACUUACUAGAUGCAAAUUACAAAGAGCUGUAGAGACGAUGCGAAAUACCUUUGUUUAGUGUUUGUUCGCCUCACUCACUUCCUCGAUUGUUCUGAAAGAUUAGCUACACUGUCAAUGUUUGAAGAAGCUCCAACUUGCCUUUAAAUGCUAAAAUUCAGUUUUCUUUGACUUUGAAGUCAUUUACUGACAUGUUGACAGUACUGUAACCACAUGUUUUGCCAAGACUUCCUUCCAGUAAAAAAAGUAGAUGUCUUCUGACAGUGGUUUUGUUUGUGUUCAUGUGUUCAUUGUUGUCCACUUGUUUUUCGAAAGAUAAUGCUGGGAACAUGCAAGUGGUUUAAAAACGCAUUGAUUUGCAGUUGUGAAACAAGCUCACUGCAAAUACUGUCGCUUGUUCACCACCCUUAGAUCAGCACAACAGCUCACAAAUAUGAACUGAAAAAUCUGUUCACAUCCAGUGAAACAAAUUCCAUCUUACUAAGCUGAAGUGUGUGUAAUGGUCUGAUUAACCUUCAGAGAUCUCACAGUGAGUGAGCAGAUAUGUUGAACGUGUAUUUGCCCCACCUUAUUGCUUAAAAACUGUCUUAAAUUAAAAACAAGUCACUUUC